CUUUCAGAGAACUUGGCUUACAAAGUUUCCAGGACUGGUUUAUAGUGCUAGUGAAGAUGCUGCAUACUGUGUUUAUUGUGUGACAUUUCCAGGAAUCAGCCUUAAGCGUGGUCAGUUAGCAUCAGAGCCCUUCAGAAACUGGAAGCGCGCUUUGGAGGUUUUCAAUGGCCAUUUCAAAGAACAGAAAAGAAACGUGAAAGAUGGCGGAAAUGGAUACCAUGCUCACAUGGACAAUAAAGUGCAUGCUGAACAGUUCACUGCGUCUGUGUUGUCAAACAUGCCAGUGAACAAGAUGAUCAACACUGCCCUGAAGGCCAGAGAAGAGAAAAACUUCAGAGUUUUACAGUCCACCACUAAAACUGUUUGUAAUGUGCUAGACAGAAUAUUACCUUGCGUGGUCAUGGUGAUGAUUCCAAGUAUUUACAUGAAGAUCAGAACUGUGGAAAUUUCCAAGCACUGCUUGAGUUCAGACUUGACGCUGGUGAUUCACUUUUGAAAGAACAUUUUGAAACAGCCCCUAAAAACGCAACAUACAGGUCAAAGACUACACAAAAUGAACUGAUUGAUAUUAUGGUUGACAUUGUGAAAGAGAAAAUAGUGGGAGAUGUAAAGGAUGGUGGCUAUUUCUAUGCCAUUUCAGCUGAUGAAGUACGUGACGUUUCAAACAAAGAACAGCUGGCAGUCUGCAUCAGAUUCCCUGACAAAUCUGAUAGUAUAAGAGAGGAGUUCUUGACAUUUGUCGACGUCAGUUCUGACACAAGUGGUGAAAGGUUGUCUGAGGAGAUACUUGGUGUGCUAGACAGUGUAGACUUGGACAAACAUCAGAUGAGGGGCCAGUGCUAUGACGGUGCAGGAAACAUGACCGGAAAGGUGAAAGGAGUUGGACCAAGGAUUCAACGCCAAUAUCCUCGAGCCUUACCAUUUUGGUGUACAGCCCAUCAGCUGAAUAGAUGUGUAGUGCAUGCCUGUGACAACAAGUUGGUCAGAAACAUGAUGGGCACAGUACAUAAGGUAUAA